AUGAGCAAGACCUUUGAAUCUCUGCCCGUCGAGCUCAUCGCUGACAUUCUCGGCGAGCUUGAUCUCGAAUCCCUUGUGAAACUGGCAUAUCUUUCGAGGCGCUUGCACACCAUCGCUUCAGACGCAUCAAUAAACCCCUGGCGUAGGCCAAUUUUGCGAACUCUACGUUGCCUACCGCAUUCUUCUUCGACGGAUGCCAUAUCCCCAAGCACAUCGCGCCCGAGGUCGUAUACGUCGACGAUAUCCACCAUGUUGUAUGAGACCCCUUUGAGGACGCUGGGAGUCAGGUCCGUCGUGCCCAGACAGAAUUGGGUAGAGAUAUUAAGCAUUGCGAACCCGGGAUAUUUGCUAUACCACGCAGUCAUACCUAAUAUGAGUGACCGAGAAUGGGAGGAAUGCUUCAAGCGGAGGUUUCUACCCGGCUGGAGGAGGUGGAAGAACGAUGGGAAUUGGAGGGAGGCAUUCCUCAAGAUGCUUCAUCGAGUUCAGCAUCGAAGCUCUGUGUCGUGCACGAGUGAUGAGGCUUGGACAAAGUACAUAGUACUCAACCGAAAUGGCUCGGCGAACGAGCUAGAGAAUUCCUCAAGAAAUUUCAAUCCGUUGGCCAUGUUCAAUGAAUUGAAGCUGCAGAAUAACUUGGCUCAUCUUGAGACUCGUAUUAGGCUGGUCCUCGAGAUUGCGGACGUGCGCAUUCUUGCAUUCGGCACACUGACCCGCCCGCGUGCGCAGCGAAAUGUAAAUAAAAACGCGCACUGUUUCCUACACCCACCUGGAAUAGAUAUGCAAGGAUGUACAGGGAAUGACCCUCAAUCCGCGCCUGCAGUCGACGAUCACGGCGUAUACCCUAUGCAAGAACUGAAUGCUUCGAUGAAUCCCGUUUCGCCUUCUGGACCCUAUACUCGAUUAGCUCACCCGCGUCCCAAUCCAUCGCAUGCGAACUACCCGUUUUAUACACCUGGUGGCGGUGAUAAACGUUGGCUAGGCUCGGGAGAAGUGGAGGAAGAAGGGUUGCAGUGGGUUGGUGGAAUGAUGAUUGUAGCGCAGCUUCUGGGUCCUCAUACCCACGAUGUUUCUAGCGACUGGCCCCCACUACAAGACCUCGAUCUCGCCGUAGGGCCCGGUCGAUCGAAUUAUGGGUCGUUCACCUGGUCAGACUUAGCCGUCGUUGCACCAUGGAUGGAAGAGAGGAUUACGAAUAAAAUAUCUGGCGCAGGGCUUGGUCAUUGA